AUGAGCAACCCAGCAAGUAAUCUGACCGAUUCAUCUCGGCCUAGCAGUGAACGGAGGUCGCGCAGCUCCGUCCGACCUACCAGCGCCGGUCGCACGGCCUGGAACACGGCGCAGCUUACACGCGAAGAGUCGCGAGACCUGGAAGCUUUCGGCGCCAACGACCAGUUCGAAAUCGUCGACGACAGCGAAAUAGUUACCGUUCCCGAGCAGAAAGGAUGCCUCGCGAGCUGCUUGAGAGGCCUCCGAGGACUCUGGUCCACCCGUCAACUCGGCGGCGCCAAAGCAGAUCGAGAAUGGUACAUUCGAACGACCCUGCGAGAACUGUUGAUUUAUGUUGUCUUCCUCGUAGUGCUCUGUAUAUUGACCUUUGGCAUGAUGAGCCCUACUAUGUACUACCAAACAAAAGUUAUGAGCGACCUCUUCUUGGACUCUACAUACAAAGACAACACCAGCAAUCUCCGUGGCUCAACUAACCUUGAUAAUUUUUGGUCGUUCGUGGAGGAUGUGAUGCUUGGUGCUCUGUACUGGGAGAACUGGUACAAUAAUCAAAGCACAUUAGCAGAUGAUCGAAACAUCCUAUAUGAGAAUCGGCUUCUAGGGAGCCCCCGCAUUCGUCAAUUGCGUGUGCGCAAUGACUCAUGCAAUGUCCAUUCAGACUUCAAGAAGGCUAUCACCCAGUGCUUCGACAACUAUUCUCCGCACUUCGAGGACAAGAGUCCUUUUGGGCUUAUGAAUGGCACUGCCUGGACGUACCACACUGAAAAGGAUCUGAAUGGGGCAGACCACUGGGGCCUGUUGUCAUCGUACAGCGGUGCUGGCUACUAUGCUGACCUUGGUAUAACCAAAGAGGCAGCAACACAGGUCAUGGCUGACCUGAAGGAGAAUCUCUGGAUCGGGCGUGCCACACGGGCGGUCUUUUUGGAUUUCACUGUCUACAACGCAAAUGUCAACCUCUUCUGUGUGAUCAAGCUGGUGUUUGAAUUUCCCGCAACGGGAGGCAUGAUUCCGUCUUGGAGCUUUCGCACGGUUAAGCUCCUGCGAUAUGUGUCGGUUAGCGACUACUUCAUCAUGGCUUGUGAGUUCUUCUUCACGCUGUUCAUUCUCUACUACAUCGUCGAAGAAGUCCUUGAGAUCAAGAGCAACAGGACUAGCUAUUUCAAGUCUAUAUGGAACAUCCUUGACAUCCUCGUCAUUCUGAUCUCUCUGGUGUGCAUUGGAUUCAGCAUCUAUCGUACUGUUAUGGUGAAUAAGCUCCUGGCUGGUCUUCUUGACAAGCCAGACGAGUUUGCCGACUUUGGUCGUCUGGGUUUCUACCAGACGCAGUUCAACAAUGCUGUAGCACUGGCGGUUUUCUUCGCUUGGAUUAAGGUCUUCAAGUACAUCAGCUUUAACAAGACCAUGACACAGCUUUCAUCCACACUUUCUCGGUGCUCCAAGGAUGUGGCUGGCUUCAGCAUCAUGUUCUUCAUUGUGUUUUUUGCUUUUGCCCAACUGGGCUACCUUCUCUUUGGUACUCAAAUCCAAGGCUUCAGCUCUUUUGUUAAUGCCGUGUUCACACUCCUGCGUCUUAUCUUGGGUGACUUCGAUUUCGAGGAAAUGGAAGCUGCUAACCGAGUGUUGGGCCCCAUUUAUUUCCUCAGCUAUGUCUUCUUUGUAUUCUUCGUGCUCUUGAACAUGUUCUUGGCUAUCAUUAACGACACCUAUGCUGAAGUAAAAUCAGAGAUCUCGCAACAGAAGAACGAGUUUGAGCUUGUUGACUACUUUAAAAAGGGUUACAACAGCAUUCUUGGCAAGUUGGGCAAGCGGGAUCAAAUUGUGGACAUUCAGAAUGCACUCAAAAUGGCAGACACCAACCACGACAACAAACUGACCUUUGAUGAAGUCCGCAAGACACUCAAAGCGCAAAACUUCAGUGAUAUGGAGAUCGAGAUGCUGUUCUCUAAAUAUGAUGUGGACGGCAACCGUGAGCUGAAUGAGCAAGAAACCAAGGAGAUGAUGGCACACCUUGAGGGACAGAAGGUUCUGCUUGAUGAAGAGAUCCAGCGUGAAAAGACCUCUGGCAAUGACAAUGCUAGUGGGGGAGGUGGUGGUGGCAGCGGCGGCGGUGGGGAUGGAGGCAUCUCUUCUGAAGAGCUAACCAUUCUGACCCGGCGUGUGGAUCGCAUGGAGCAUUCCAUUGGUAGCAUUGUGUCCAAGAUUGAUGCUGUACUGGUCAAAAUGGAAACGAUGGAGAAAGCCAAAGCCAACCGGCGGGACAACAUGAGCAAAAUUCUUGACACCAUUUCAGAGAAUGAGAGUUUGGAUGAGAAAAGCAAGCGCCAGCAAAUGGAGAAACUGGUUCGAGAGGAGCUUCAGCACUGGGAUUCUGAUGCCUCACUGCACACUCCACGGAGAGAAAGGAGCAACACACCUUGAGGAGACUGGGCUGCCUACUACAAGCUGAGCAAAUGUGGAGCGAGGGAGGCUACGUCUAUCUUGCGCAGAAUGACUUGCAGAUAUUCGCACGAAGCAUCAAUCUCUCGUGAGCCUCGUUGUGGCAAGCCCUCUUGAGUGUUUCAUGUAACAACACUGUUGCUCGCAAGCAUGAAUGGUUGCCUUGCCAACUUGCAAAUCACUAUAUGAAGAAA